CAAACUCAAGGCUACCUACGUAAUCUUGCUCCUCGUGCUUUUCACCUCCCGUCUCCGUCUUCGUCACCUUGCAACACUUACAAACGCCUCCCAUCACAAUUCGGCUGCCUUUGACGCGACUGCCCUUAAACUGCUGCCUACGCGAUACUUUUCAGUAUUAAACUCGAUUCUACCUCGAUUCUCUACGGCGCAGUCCUCAAAUCAACAAUAAAUCAAUCAUCAUGGAGCUCUCUGACAUCUUCCGCAUUGUCAACUUGGCUGUUGGUGUUAUCACCGUUCUCGGUGGUAUCGCGUCCAUCUUCCAUCUCGGCCUUCAACCCAUCGUUGUCGGCGCUUACAUGAUCGUGUUUGGUCUCGUUAUCGCUCUGCUCGAGUUCCAGAUCCCUCCCCAGGUCUCCCGACAUGCCUCUUUCAUGUUCUCCUUCGUCGGCCGUGGUGUCUUCUACGUCUUCAUUGGCUGCCUUCUGUUGGGCAACUUCAUCCUCAGCAAGAUUGCUGGCAGCAUCAUCGGCAUUGUCGGUCUCGCCUACAUCGCCCUCGAGUUCGUCCCCUCCAUCGAGCCCCCCAGCAACAUGCGCGAGGCUGAAGAUGCCGGCUGGGGCGCCGAGCAGGUCUAGAAUGCCGAUGCCAGCCAGCCGGGAUCUACCCGUGCGGUUGCCUCUUCAGACACAGGCGCAUAAGCUUUCGCGACGACCAUUCGAUCAUGAUACGAAUGACAGCCGUAAACGCGCAACAAACGCGGUGAACCAGGACCUAUAGGAUAAAUUACUUGAAAGAUGAAUGCUACAAGAGGGGGGGUAGAAAAGCUGUAUUUCUAGGAAUUGCAGACAGGAG